AUGAGUUUCUCAAAUAAAGUGGUUAUAGUGACUGGCGCUAGUUCCGGUAUAGGAGCUGCUACAGCGGUGCAGUUCGCUAAAGAAGGUGCCGACGUGGUUAUAGUCGGCAGGAAAGAGAAUAAACUAAGAAAUGUAUCCGAGGAAUGCGCCAGUAAUGGUAAUACGCCACUCGUAAUCAAUGCUGAUGUAAGCAACGAUGACGAUGCCAAAAGAAUUAUCAACGAAACGAUCAACAAAUUUGGAAAAAUAGACGUUUUGGUGAACAACGCCGGGAUAUCACGAAAGGGAAAUAUUUUGAAUGGCACUAUAUUGCAGGCAUAUGAUAAUAUAAUGGCAGUGAAUAUACGUGCAGUUGUUCAUCUCACAGCAUUGGCCGCUCCUCACCUCAUCGAAACUAAAGGCAAUAUUGUGAAUAUAUCUAGUAUAGCAGGGAAGUCAGCAGUACUAACAGAUUAUGGGGCUUAUAAUAUUUCGAAAGCUGCAUUAGAUCAUUUCACUCGUGGAGCUGCUCUAGAGCUAUCUUCUUCAGGCGUGAGAGUAAACGCUAUUAGCCCGGGUCCAGUGAGGACGGAUAUUAUUGAAAAUGCUGGGGUUUCAGACUUAUCCUGGGAUAUUCUAAGUUCACUCACACCUCUAAAAAGGUGCUCAGAACCUGACGAAAUAGCUGAACUUGUUCUGUAUCUAGCAAGUGAGAAGGCAAGGGGUAUUACAGGAUCAGAUUUCGUUUCUGAUAAUGGUGCCAUUAUGUAA